UCGGUUUCUCUUUCUGCAGCUCGCUUGACAUAAUACUCUAGAACUGAAGACAGUCUUGAAAUAAUCGUAUUAAGCCAAUGAAUUCAGCUGAUAUUCAUUAUUUUUAUGUAGGCAAGCAUCUCUUUCGUCGCGAGAUAAAUUCCAUGCUCUUUACACUGAGUUAUUGACUGAGCGGUUCCUCCUUAAAAUGGCAACAGUUCGAGCGAGUGGGCCCCGCGAACACUAUCGCGCACGGUCUUAUUUAAGUGUGUGUGUGGCACCUGUCAGUAUGAUGUCGUCCUCUAGCGAUACUCCUCGGAGUCAGCGGCGCAGGGAGUUGGAUGCCCGCAGGAGUAAGUCUCGCGUGCGGCUGGGCUCGUGUCUGCAGAGCUGGGGUCAUCUCAAAGAGAAACUGGGCUUUUCUCUUCACUCAGAGCUCGCUCAGCAUCUGCUGCAGAGCUACGUAUCAAGAGUUUGCAUCAAGUGCUCAGGUGAUGGGAAAGGAGAGAUCACAAGCACCCUAUCAACUACCAAGGAAUCUUUGCAGGAACUUAUCCUGCUGGUCCACAACCAUGGGCGGAUGUGCCUUUUCCCCCCUGUCCUGCAUUCUCGGCCUGUCACAAAACCAACAGUUCAAGAUCAGAGUGCUCAUGCAACAGGGAGAAGAGAAGCUGAAACUGAUUCCAAGGACUGUGAGGUGGACGUGUGUCUCAAGUACACCUGUGAAAAUGGACAUCACUUUUUGUGGUCUCCUAUUAAGAUGGAGAAGGCAAUGACAUCUAAAAACGAAGGUGAAAUAACUGCAGCCAGCCCAAAGAGACUCAAACAACGAGGCAGGAGGUGGCUGAAGGAUCCAGACGCAGAGAUAGAAAGACAAGAGGUGAUGAUGGCUAGAUUAAAAACCAGACGGCAACUACGAGAAAACGCUGAAGUUACCACAAAUGACACUGAACAGAAAAACAAUACAAGGUCUCAAACGUUCGGAGACAACAAGAAUGCAGGUGUUACAGUGACUGAGACUUCUGAGACACAGAAAGGAAAUAAUGUGGCAGCUGACCUUUCGCAUUCAGAACAUAGGUCUUCAGUAAACAGUGAUGAGAUGACUGAAGAUGAUCCUGCCAGGGUUUGCACUGAAAACCAAAGCCCCCCUGAUAGCAAUGAGGAAGUUGCAGUGCUGAAUUUAACCAACAGAGGGAUCCAGAGUAGAGCAGAUCCUACUGAGAAACACAACACCAACAAAAAGGCAGGAACACUUCAAAAUAACAGUCCACAGUCUUUGAAAGAUGAUGUGUCCCAGAUUGGUGGCAAGAGAAAACGAAAAUCAACAUCCAAAGUGAUUUUGCCUUGUGAGUUUCAAGGCUGCGAUAAGAUUUUCUCUAGUCGGCAAUAUCUCAAUCAUCAUGUCAAGUACCAGCAUCUCCAGCAGAAGACCUUCACCUGCUCGCACCCCCCCUGCAGCAAGUCAUUCAACUUCAAGAAGCAUCUGAAGGAACAUGAAAAGUUGCACAGUAAUCAGAGAGACUAUAUCUGUGAGUUCUGUGCCCGGGCGUUCCGAACCAGCAGUAACCUGAUCAUCCACCGCAGGAUACACACCGGAGAGAAACCACUGCAGUGUGAGGUGUGUGGCUUUACCUGUCGACAGAAAGCCUCUCUGAAUUGGCAUAUGCGGAAGCACAAUGCUGAGAGCACCUACCAGUUCCCCUGUGAGAUCUGCGGUCGUCGCUUUGAAAAGAGAGACAAUGUCACAGCUCACCGAAGCAAGAGCCACCCAGACUACAAUACACCCACUCCUGAGCUUCUCCUUCCUCCUUCUGACCCAGUCCCGCAUCCCUUUGGGCAGCGCAGAUCUUCCCCUUCUGUUUCCAAGAAUCACAUUUCUGUAGAAUAACAUUUGUAAUGCCAUGUUG